CUAAUGUGUACAGGGUCACAAAAUAGGAAACUGGGAAAGUUUAGUCGAACAGCUGAACUGCUCUGGAAAACAUUUCUGAAUCAAAAUUUUGUUGGAUUUCUGUUUUUCAUACGAAAUUUCUUUAGUCUUUUGGAGACAUUGCUUAAGAUGGAUAAAAAACGAACCCUACGAAUGAUGAGAGCACUGUUUAUGGUGAUAUAUAAUGAUCGUUUUUGCUGGAACGUCGUCAAGAGUUAUGGCAUGUUCUUUGCGGCUGUGGGAUUAUCUAAAUCGCUUCAAGGAUUUGAGCUAAUACCGACCACUGGAUUUGAGCUAUUACCUGGCACUGGAUUCUAAACACAAAGCUGCAUGAACCGGAAAUAGAUGAUAGAUUGGUAAUCGACUGGCUGUAUGGACUAAUAUUAACAAAUGCAAGACAGACAAUAAACAUACUUUUCCAACA